CACGAGCAGUGGUGCAGAAGUUCCUCACCUCGGGCGAUCCUCGAAAGGCUGUGAAGCAUAAUUUGCUCAAACCUUAAGCUACCUAAGAUAAUAAUCGGGGUGGGGAAGCUUUUACUUCGUCGUCAGACGGACCUCCCUGCUUCGUUUUCAGUGGGCCAAACAUGUUCAUCCUAACAUUAUUGCGGGAUAAUAUCCGCACUCAUCCUUCCGACUUCAGCAAACCACGGAUUGAAUCAUUAACGGACGAAUUGAACAAAAAGUACUCAAACAAGAUCUUGCACAAUGUUGGUCUUUGUAUCCGUGUGUGGGAUAUUCUGGAAGCAUCAGACGAGAUAGUGCAUAUGGUUCAAGAUGGGUCUUCGCAGGCUAAGGUCACUUUUCGCAUGGUGGUUUUCCGACCAUUCAAAGGGGAGAUAAUGACAGGAAAGGUUGCUUCAUCACACCCAACGGAAGGUGUACGAGUGACCAUGGAUUUCUUUGACGACAUCAUAAUUCCACCCUCCUUUCUUCAAGCUGGCUCCGAAUACGACGAGGAGGAGAAGGUGUGGGUUUGGAAAUACGAGGAGAACGAUCUAUAUAUGGAUAAAGACGAACCAAUUCGCUUUCGGAUGGAGAUUGAAGAAUUUGUGGAUGUUGGGCCGGUGCGGGACGGAGUAGAUGAGGAAAAGAAAGUGGCUCCUUAUUCAUUGGUGGUUUCGGUGGCCGAACCAGGUCUGGGGCUUCUGUCAUGGUGGGAGGGGUGAGGUCCCAUUACAGGCGUUCACAUUGUAAUUAUUCCGCAAGCUCCGCGUCACGAUCAGUAGUCGGAUGCGUAUGUACAUUAAACAUAGAUUAACAUCGUAGAGCUAGAGGUGCUACCAUAUAUGGGCUAGCAUAAAGGCGGCACUGACGGGUCGUCCUCAAAGUCAUCCGGAACUACAGGAGGCAUGAUGGAGAAGGUUCUAUCAAAAAUACUCGCUUUGGCGCUUGCCGUCGGCGUCUGUGCAUCUGCCACGAUAUUUCGAAGAUCAACAGAUUCUGUUGGAGUGAAAGAAGUCCGGUAAUUUUUCUUUCGUUCAGCUGAAGUUUCUUGUUUCCGUUGCAAUGCUCUUUUCUGCCGCUCUUCGUCCUCCUUUAUCCUACGCUCCUUAUUCCUUAUCUCG